GAUUUCAGAAGUAAGGAAGAAGGCCUUUACGACUUGGUAAAAAGACAAUUCCCGGGUACCUUUCGUUCAGGCAGGGAUUUAUUCGACGCAGAACUACUCAGGAGUCAUGAAUCCAUUAGAGCUUUUUAUUUAUUCAUGGGUUCACUUAAAGAGUUGAUCGUAAAUGCGACUCCAACAGCCACUCAUUUUUUUCUUAAAAAGUUAGCUGAUAUGAAGAAAUUAACUAGAGUGUAUACCCAAAACGUGGAUAAUCUCGAGGAAUUGGUAGGAUUAAAUGUAGACUGGAAGUUUGAAAAGGUAUCUAAGUGUGCGGCUCAAGUGGUUCAAUUACAUGGAACGAUGUCUAGCCUACGAUGCAGUAGUUGCACAAAUAAUUAUCCGUUUGUAACGCAGUAUUGUGACGUUUUCAAACAAGGGGAAGCACCUUGGUGUCCCGGUUGCGAGAAGCGAGGUAGAUAUCACGAGAAAACGCGAGAUUAA